CAAUCUCGCAGGCGAAGGCGCUGCGGGGUGAGGUCGCCGCCAAUAUCGACUAGGGGAACUAGGGAGCAGGGAGCUGAAACGCUCCGUGAAUCAGAAUCAACGAGGAUGGCGGGACGAGGGAAGGGGCUGGGCCCUGGGCGGUGCCAAGUCUGUGAGGGGGCGCGGUCACCGCCCAGGAUUCCCGCAGACGCCCAGGCGGCCACGUCCUGCUUCCCCGGUGAAGAAGCCGUCCGGGGCUUGUCGUGCUCGGGCCUCCAGACAUGUCUGACGUGAAGAGCCGGAAGAAGUCGGGGCCCAGGGGAGCCCCUGCUGCGGAGCCCGGGAAGCGGAGCGAGGACAGGAAGAGCCCCGAGGCCCCGGGCGGCGGAGGCGGGGGCUGGGCGGACCCCCGGACGGGCCUGAGUCUGCUGUCGCUGGGGACGUGCCUGGGCCUAGCCUGGUUUGUAGUUCAGCAGUCAGAACAAUUUGCAAAGGUGGAAAACCAGUAUCAGUUACUGAAAUUAGAAGCCAAUGAAUUCCAAGGACUUCAAAGUAAAAUCAGUUUAAUUUCAGAAAAGUGGCAGAAAUCUGAAGCUAUCAUGGAACAGCUGAAGUCUUUUCAAAUAAUUGCUCAUCUAAAGCAUCUACAGGAAGAAAUUAAUGAGGUAAAAACUUGGUUCAACGGGAUAACUGAAAAACAGGAUAUACUGAACAACAAUCUGACAGUGCUUUCUCAAGACAUUACAAAAGUAGAACAAAGUACAACUUCCAUGACAAAAGAUGUCGGUCUCAAGAUUACAACUGUAAAAACAGAUAUGCGACGAAUUUCAGGUUUAGUAACUGACGUAAUAUCAUUGACAGAUUCUGUGCAAGAACUAGAAACUAAAAUAGAAAAAGUAGAAACAAGUACAGUAAAAAAUAUUGGUGAUCUUCUUUCAAGUAGCAUUGAUCGAACAGCAAUGCUCCGAAGGGUAGCAUCUGAAAAUUCACAAAGAAUUAACUCUGUUAAGAAGACACUAACUGAGCUAAAGAGUGACUUCAACAAACAUACAGAUAGAUUUCUAAGGUUAGAAAGUGACAGAGCCAAAGUUCUGAAGACAGUAACUUUUGCAAAUGAUCUAAAACCAAAGGUGUAUAAUCUAAAGAAGGACUUUGCUCGUUUAGAACCAUUAGUAAAUGAUUUAACCCUACGAAUUGGGAGAUUGGUUACCGACUUACUGCAAAGAGGGAAAGAAAUUGCUUUCUUAAAUGAAAAAAUAUCUAAUUUAACAAUAGUCCAAGCUGAGAUUAAGGAUAUUAAAGAUGAAAUUGCACACAUUUCAGAUAUGCAUUAGUUUGACAUUAUGGUUUGAUGAUUCCCAUGGAAAAAAGAAAAAAAAUAAAAAAAUAAAAUUAAACAAAAAUAAAAAAGAAUUAGUUUGACAUUACUGAGAUUAGACUAAGGUAAUUUUUUUAAUGGGACCUCUCUUGUUAUAAGAAGACUGGUAAUCAGAAAUAAUGGUAUUUUGGAGUAAAAGUCAUUUUGUAUUUAAUCCUAUUUUGUACA